AUGCCACCAACUUCUUCAUCUGAAGGUUCGCAAGUAGUCGCUGAUGGGCAUGGAGAUGAGGAGGAGGAGGACAACGAUGAACAAAACAAUGAAAAAGAGGAAAAUAGAAGCUGGCGCUUGUCCUGGACAGAAGCAGACGACAUCAGAUUGGUUAGUGCUUGGAUCAACAACUCAGUCGAUCCUCUAGAGGGCAACUGCAAGAAGGGCUCAGAGAUGCACAUGAGAGUGGCCAAUCAGAUGACCAGGAUCAAGGAGAAGGCCCAUGCCCUGUACAAACAGGAAACAAACCAGUGUUUCACGCUUGAGUAUUGGUGGAAAGAGGUGCGAGAGCAACCAAAGUGGACCAGAAACUAUUACAAGGGUAAGAAAAAGAAGAAAGAUAUGAUUGAUUUGGAAAUUGCAGGAGAAACUCAUCCGUUGGGGACAAAGUCUGCAAAAGCAAAAGCAGCCAUGCCUGAUUCUUAUUUGUCACACGAUGAUCUUCAAAUGUAUUAUGAAACGCAGGCCAUACGAGCUUCAACCGCAGAGAAGACGACCGACGUGCAUCUCCGGCUUUCUAAAGAGAAGCUAGAAGCAGCACAAUCACGGGAGAGGACAUCAAUGGCCCAGAUGUACACCAACCUCUAA